AUGGGUGACGCCUCUAAGGACGACGGUUCUAGCCAAAACAAAGCGGUGCGCAAGGAAAAGAGAGCGUUACUUUUUCGAAAAUGGACACGAACCGAUUUAGCGAGGGCUUCAGCUGUUGGGGCCGUGCAUCUUUUGUGUCUACUAGCUCCGUUUAACUACAAAUGGGAAGCUCUCCGGCUCGGUCUGAUUAUUGCCUUGGUGACUAAUCUCAGCAUUACGUUCUCUUACCAUAGGAACUUGACUCACCGGAGCUUUAAGCUACCUAAAUGGCUUGAGUAUCCAUUCGCUUAUUCCGCGCUUUUCGCGCUUCAGGGUCAUCCAAUAGAUUGGGUGAGCACACAUAGGUUCCAUCACCAGUUUACAGAUUCGGACCGCGAUCCACAUAGCCCUAUGGAAGGAUUCUGGUUCAGCCAUGUCUUUUGGAUUUUCGACACCAGUUACAUGAGAGAAAAGUGUGGAGCACGUAACAACGUGAUGGACUUGAAGCAACAAUGGUUCUAUAGGUUUCUUCGAAACACAAUUGGUCUCCAUAUCUUAUCAUUUUGGGCCCUCGUCUAUUACUUGGGUGGUCUUCCUUACCUAACUUGCGGCGUGGGUAUUGGAGGAGCAAUCGGUUACCACGGGACUUGGCUCAUAAACUCGGCAUGUCAUAUUUGGGGUUCGCGAGCUUGGAACACAAAGGACACCUCUCGUAACGUUUGGUGGCUAGGACUAUUCACGUUGGGAGAGAGCUGGCACAACAACCACCAUGCCUUUGAGGCAUCGGCUAGGCACGGACUGGAAUGGUAUCAGGUAGACAUAACUUGGUACCUCAUUCGGUUCUUCCAGGCUCUCGGUUUAGCCACUGACGUCAAAUUGCCUUCCGAUGCUCAGAAACGCAAGUUGGCUUUCGCUCAUUAA